CAUGGCGGCGGGGCCCUGGCAGGCGCCGUGGCGGGCGCUGAGCGCGCUGGGCCGGGAGCUGGCGGCCGAGUGGGCGGCGCAGGACGUGCGGGCUGCGCUGUGUCAGCUGCUGCUGCUCUGGCUGGGCCUCAGCCUGCUGGGUGUCCGCCUGGCCUGGCGCGCUUACGGCGGGGCGGUGGCCGCGCUCUGCUACCGGACGGGGCCCUCCGCCCGCCGGACCCCCGGCACCGCCUCCGGCCCCGGUCCUACGCCUGCCCGGCCACGCGCGCACUCCCUCUCCCCCGCCGGCCCGGCCGGACGGAACGGCACCGCCGAGCGGCACUGCCCGCCCCGGGAGGGCUCAGCAGCAGAACCAGCAAAGACGCACCGGGAGUGAGGAGCACAAGGCCCGCCGGGCACAUCCUGCACCAUUAAAGUCUUGUGUUCCACCCUCCA